AUGAAUCAGCCCCAGCCGCCGCCGCCGCAGCAACAACAGCAGUACGAGACCCCUCGGCGCACUCGACACGCAGAUGAGCUUCAUCUAGCUCCUGGGGCGAACACCAUGCCUUCACAGAGAGGGCCUCAGAUCAAUCUGGAUCAAGCCACUGCAGCUGCUCCUCACUAUCAAACCGCAGGCGCCCAGCUCCCCGGAUCUCUGCAGCCCGGCAGGCCAGCUCCAAUGUCUGUAAAUACGGCUCCUAUAGUUCCUACCGCCUCGCAGACGUCGUCCCAAGACCCCCAUUCGACCCCAUCACGACCUGCGGCGCUUGGCUUAUCCCAUAACUACACGCGGUCAAGCCCAGCAGGCUUUGAGGGCCAGGGCUAUCCUCCGUUCAACUCGACAACUCCUGGGAGUAGUGAUCAAGGUCACUUUGCGUCCCCAACGACCACAACCUCGAAAUAUACCCCGCAAAAUGCGCGAACCGUUUCCAACACGCCGCUUGGCCUGGCAGAUAUCCGUCCUCGUGCCGACUCAAGUCUCUCCGAGAGCCCGUCUGGCGCCAAUCCAUAUUCUUACGACGGCGUCAAUGCAGUACCGACGAACAGUAAUUACUUAGCACCGUGGGCUAUCUAUGCUUUUGAUUGGUGUAAAUGGCCAGCCCAGAACCGUGACGGAGGGAAAGUGGCCCUGGGAAGUUAUCUGGAGGAUGGCCACAAUUUUAUCCAGAUUCUCGAUUCCCAAAUCACGCCCACACCAGCCGAGUCGUACACACCAGGAGCUCCAAAAUAUGGGUUGGAUUUUGUUAAAAUUGCUGAAGCAACUCAUUCCUACCCGGUGACACGAUUAUUAUGGGAGCCGCCGUCAUCACAGAAGCAGUCCACAGAUCUGCUUGCUACCUCUGGAGACCAUCUGAGAUUGUGGUCUCUACCAUCCGAAACCCCACUCCCUUCCCCAGGCAAUUCGAUCUCUCGGUCCGCUAACCAUGGGCGAGAUAUGCCAGCCAGCAAGCUUACUCCACUUGCACUUCUAUCAAAUUCCAAGACUCCCGAGCAUACGGCCCCUUUAACCUCACUUGAUUGGAAUACGGUGUCCCCAAGUCUCAUUAUAACAUCCAGUAUUGAUACAACCUGCACAAUCUGGGACAUACCAACAUUGACUGCGAAAACACAAUUGAUUGCACAUGAUAAGGAGGUGUUUGAUGUGAGAUUUUGUGCCAACAGUGUCGACGUUUUCGUUAGCUGUGGCGCAGAUGGCAGUGUUCGAAUGUUUGAUUUGAGGAGUCUAGAACACAGCACUAUUAUUUACGAGCCUACAGCCAAGGACGAUAAAGAUUCGAGCCCGGGUGGAGGAAGAAUAAGCCCUACAUUGGCUCAGCAAACCAUGUCUUACGCACCGCCUCUAUUAAGGCUCGCUGCUUCGCCACAUGAUACUCAUCUCCUAGCGACAUUCUCCCAAGACUCGAACGUUAUCCGAAUUCUCGAUGUGCGGCAGCCAGGACAAGCGUUGCUGGAGCUUCGAGGCCAUUCAGCGUCCGUAAAUUGCAUCGAAUGGUCACCCUCCCGGCGCGGAACUUUAGCUUCAGGGGCGGACGAUUCCUUGGUCCUCAUCUGGGAUCUGCUCAGCCAAAGCACCUCCCUUGCACCUCCAGGCCCGGCAGUGAAUGGAGCUCCCACCCCGGACAACAGCCGGGGCCCAGCCGCAAGUUGGCAGUGCGAUUAUGAGGUUGGAAAUAUUAGCUGGGCGCCCCAUAGCGGUCUAAACAAUGACGGAAGUGAGUGGUUGGGUGUGAGCGGGGGCCGGGGAAUUUGGGGUGUGAAACUAUGA